AUGGGAAGGGACAAUGACUGCUACCUAUAGGCAUUCAUCCUGGUGGGUUUUUCUGAUCACCCUUGACUGGAGAGAAUUCUCUUUGCUUUUGUUUUGGUCUUCUACGUCCUGACUCUGGUGGGCAACACUGCCAUCCUCCUCUUGUCCGUCAUGGAUGCCAGACUCCACACACCCAUCUACUUCUUUCUUGGGAACUUGUCUUUCUUGGACCUCUGCUUUACAACAAGUAUUGUCCCCCCGCUGCUGUGGAAUCUUUGGGGUCCAGAGAAGACCAUCAUCUACCAUGGCUGUGUGGCCCAGCUCUACAUCUACAUGGUGUUGGGUUCUACUGAGUGUGUCCUCCUGGCUGUCAUGUCUUAUGACCGCUGUGUGGCUGUCUGCCGACCCCUGCACUACAUGGUGGUCAUGCACUCCCGUCUCUGCCUGCAGCUGGUGACCAUGGCCUGGUGUUGUGGCUUCCUAAACCCCUUUGUUAUGUGUCCUCAGACAAUGCAACUCUCCCGGUGCGGGCGUCGCAGGGUGGACCACUUCCUGUGUGAGAUGCCUGCUUUGAUUGCCAUGUCCUUUGAAGACACCAUGCUGGUGGAAGCAUGCCUUUGCCUUUGGAGUCGCCCUCCUCCUGGUGCCUCUCUCCCUGAUCCUUAUCUCCUACAGCGUUAUUGCUGCUGCUGUUCUGAGGAUCAAGUCAGCAACAGGGCACAAGAAGGCCUUAAACACCUGCUCUUCUCAUCUGACCGUGGUCUCCCUCUUCUAUGGAACCAUCAUUUACAUGUACCUGCAACCGGCCAGCAGCUAUUCCCAAGAUCAAGGGAAGUUCCUCACUCUUUUCUACACCAUCGUCACUCCCAGUGUCAACCCCCUCAUCUAUACACUGAGGAACAAGGAUGUGAAAGGGGCAAUGAAGAAGCUGCUGGGGUGGGAGAAAGAGGCUGGGGAAGCCUGAGUGAGGGUGACAUGAGAGUCACAUGGAUGACUUGCUGGGGUGACUCUCUUGGACUUUGUACCAAGUGA